AUGAAACAACAUAAACUUUUUUACACGCAACAUUUUCUUGUUAAGGUAGAGGUUAUCGAAGCUACUGAAAAAUACACUUCUACUGUUGCUUCUGAAUAUGUUGAAGAGCGGGUUGAUGAAUACUACGAUGAAGAGAUCAUAUGCGAAGAAGGCAGUGAUAAGCUUACUGAAGUGCUAGUAGAUGGCUGCUUCAUAUUGGAACUUUUCCUCAGGGUAAGCCACUUGUCCACGACUAUGAGUUCAGAUGACCACAAAUCUGAUCCAUUAAUAAACAAUGCUUGGAUGAUCAGAGCUCUUUGGCACGAUCUAGCAUUGCUUGAAAACCAAAUCCCCUUCUUUGUCCUUGAAAAUUUAUAUGACAUUAUCAAGCCUUCUCUAAUGGAAAGGAGCAACGGCAAAGCACCAGUGUCGGUCAGUAGUCUUGCUUUAAAUUUCUUUAAGCCUAUGCUGAGCCAAAACUCAAAUAUAGCGGAGCAUUCGUACCCGGACUGCAAACAUUUGCUUGAUCUCUUGCACAAAUCCUCCCUGCUCGCAGUUUCAGGAGAUACUGCCUUCACAGCCUAUGACUCCGGAAUUGAGCUUCGUAAAGAGUCAGAGGACUCUCUGGUGAAGAUAACCGCCACAAGCCACAGCCAGCUGAUCAUCAACAUCCCACCGGUGUUCAUUGACGAGGAAAGGGAUUCACUCUUCAGGAACCUGAUUGCCUACGAGCAAAGCAGUAUCAAAAUUAGUCAUCAUGUUACACCUUAUGUUUUCCUCAUGAAAAGUCUUAUCCGUUCUCCACGAGAUGUCAAGCUUCUUAAGAAAAAAGGCAUCAUAUCUCAGUAUUGGAUCGACGACCAAGAAUAUUCAACUUACUUCAGAAAUCUUCUAGAUGAAGUUUUUCCCACGGACUUCUAUUUCGGUUCUUUCUGUGGCAAAGUGGAUGCCUACGCGAAUAAGUUCUGGUUUCGUAGAAAGAUGAGCGCUCUUUAUCGCACUUAUUUCUCAACAGCAUGGAGUAUGACAUCAUUCAUUGCUGCCAUUUGCCUUUUCAUUCUCACGGUCUUACAAACAUACUUCACCAUCAACCCAGCUCGCUAA